AUGCCAGCCUCAUCACGCAACUACUCCAUCGUCGAGCCUCACCCAAACGCCACACCAACCUCAUACAUCCCCACCGGCCGCGGCGGCGCCGGCAACUACGUCCGCACGCCCAUCAACCUCACCAAGGGCGCCUCCGCCCAAGGCCCACCCUCUCGCAUCUCCGUCUCCACCGCAUCAUCAACCACCUCCUCCCGCUCCGCAGCAUUCCACUCCGGUCGGGGCGGCGCAGGCAACAUCCACCCUGCGACAGAGCGGGCGAUCUUCAGCUUCGAUGAGGAGCUCGAGAGGCAGUUGAGCCAGGAGCGGCACGCAGCGCCGGUGUACCAUGUCGGCAGGGGUGGUGCCGGGAAUGUGACGACUAGUGCGUAUCCUAAGACUCCAAGGGCGGCCAACGCGGCGGCAAGGAAGGCUAGCAGUGCACGGUCGGACUCGGGGAGUGAGAAGAGUGUUGGGAGUGUAGAGAGCGGUGCCGAUGUUGCGACGAGGGCGAUGAAGGGGGCUUUGAGGAGGGUGUUCCACUAA